AUGGUGGUCAUAGGGAUCUCAUUGGUGCUGGUGGUAUUAGCGGGAAUCGCUGCUGGUGACGAUGACAAUGACAAGCCAUGCGCAGCGCGCCAGAUGCCGGGCAAGUCUGUGGUGUGCGUCUGCAAUGAAACUUACUGUGACGAGAUUCACCUGGACGAGCCCCCAUGCGGCUCUUACUUCGCCUACACUUCCUCUGAGGCAGGAUUGCGAUUUAAGAAACGAAAAGGACAAUUUCAUUCGUACUACACGCGGAAUAAGAACAGUUCGUACACGCUAGUGGUAGAUCCAAGGAGGAAGAGUCAGACCAUCGAGGGUUUCGGGGGUGCUGUCACUGAUUCUGCGGGCAUCCAUUGGACCAAUCUCUCUGCGCGCCUACAAGGCCAUUUGAUUAAUUCAUACUUCAGCAAGAAGGGCAUCGAGUACAACAUGCUGCGCGUACCCAUCGGCGGCUGUGAUUUCUCAACUCACGAGUACGCGUAUAAUGAGCUGCCGUGGGACGACGCAGAGCUGACCAACUACACGCUCGCGCCGGAGGACUUCAAGUAUAAAAUACCCAUGAUCAAGCGUAUCCAAGAAGCGGCGACGACUGACAUCCACAUGAUUGCCACUGUGUGGUCUCCGCCGCGGUGGAUGAAGACGAACGAGAAGCCCUCGGGCUUCAGUGAGAUCAAGCAGGAGUUCAUGCAGACUUUCGCCGAGUAUAUCGUCAAGUUUAUACGGGAAUAUAAGAAGCUUGGAAUAAGCACCUGGGCUGUCACCACAACCAAUGAGCCACAGAAUGCCUUCUACCCGAUAGUCACUAUGCAAGAUUUGGGUUGGACACCCCAAAAAAUGGGCCAGUGGAUAAAAAAAAACUUGGGGCCUACGAUAAAGAACUCCUCUGACAUCCGUGACGUGAAGAUACUGACGGUGGAUGACCAGCGGUACACUAUUCCAAUGUGGUUUAAUGUGAUGGUAAACGCGGACCCAAGCGUGUUGGAUUGGAUCGACGGCAUCGCCGUGCACUGGUACGGAGACAUGGUCGCUCCCGCGUCGUUGCUUCAAAUAGCCACCAAGAACUACCCCACCAAGUUCAUUAUAGGCACUGAAGCUUGCGAAGGGGGUCAAUUAUCGCAAAAAGAAAAAGUAUCCCUUGGCGACUGGUCUCGAGCACAGAGCUACUGCCAUGACAUUUUGGAGGAUCUCAACUACGAACUCGUCGGCUGGAUGGACUGGAACCUAUGCCUGGACAAGACAGGCGGCCCCAACUGGGCCGGGAUCUUCGUGGAUUCCCCCAUCAUCGUGUUCCCGGAGAACAAUGAGUUCGUGAAGCAACCCAUGUUCUACGCCAUGGGGCACUUCUCUAAGUGGAUCCCGAGGGGUUCCGUGAGGCUGGGCGUGGAGGAAAGCAAGGGACCAUUGGAGAAGUCUGUGGAACAGGUCGCGUUCUUGACGCCGAGGAAUACUGUUGUGCUUGUAGUUCAUAACACGGUGCAAGCGCGGAAGAUCCACGUGCAGCUGGGUGAGAAACACACCGUGAUCGAGCUGGAGAAGGCCUCGAUCACCACUAUAGAGUUCCCGGCACAUAAUCCAACACGGUGUUGA